AUGGUUCUGUGGUCGCGAACGUUGAAUUUUGAAACGCUCUGGACUCAUUUGACGUCGGCCCGAUUUUGUCCCGAGGCAGAGGACGAGUUUCACACAGAAAAAUCGUAUCACUUGUUCAUGUGUUCGAGUCCUGCCAAUGGGCAGCUCAGUUCGACGUUUUACGAUAAGACGUGUCCCAAGGCACUGUCGACAGUCAAAGCUAACUGCCCAAGCACUGGUGGUGACAACAACCUGUCGCCCUUAGAUGUUCAAAGUUCCACUGUGUUUGAUAACCAAUACUACAUAAAUCUUAGAAGUCAGAAAGGACUUCUUUACUCUGACCAGGAGCUAUUCAAUGGAGGCUCUGCUGAUUCUCAAGUGACUAUAACUUAUUCUAAUAAUCGAAAUGCCUUCUUCAGUGAUUUUGCAGCUGCGAUGGUGAAUAUGGGAAACAUAAGCCCUCUCACUGGUACCAACGGAGAAGUCAGAUUGAACUGCAGGAAACCCAAUUAG